CAUAACAGAUUUCCCGUUUCUCUCUCUCUCUCCCUAGCUGUCGAUCCGGAUAAGCAUUCCUGCAUCGUGCCAAGAAGCAUGAAGCAACGAGAAACCAGGGGACGAGUUCCGCACAAAAGUACGACGGCCAAACCUGUCCUGAGGCGCCGUAUCUCCGGCUGAACCAUGGUCGCUGCACGCCUCAUCGGGCCGUCCCUGGUCGUCUUGUCCAUUGUCCUGAUCCUGCCGCCGACGACAUACUCGAUGUCGCAAUCCGACGCACUGCUCAAGCUCAAGAGAUCGUUCGCGAAUUCUCAGGCUCUGGAAUCUUGGGUGCCUAGUUCGGAUCCUUGCGGCAAUGAGGAUUCCUGGGUCGGAGUCGUUUGCUAUAACGGGAUAGUCACGGGCCUGCGGCUCGGGAAGAUGAGUCUAUCGGGGAAGGUAGACGUCGAUGCAUUGACCGAGAUCACGGGCCUGAGAUCUCUUAGCUUCGUGAACAACUCCUUUUCCGGUCCGAUUCCGGAGUUCAACCGUCUCGGCGCCCUUAAGGCCAUUUACAUUUCUGGAAAUCAAUUCUCAGGUGAGAUCCCAGCAGAUUAUUUCUCCAACAUGGGGUCUCUGAAGAAAUUGUGGCUUUCUGACAAUAAGUUCACCGGGACAAUCCCAUCAUCGGCAGCCCGCCUAACCCAUCUCAUCGAAUUGCACCUCGAAAACAAUGAAUUCAGCGGCGCUAUUCCCUCUUUCGAUGCACCAGCAUUGGUGUCGCUCGAUUUGUCGAACAAUCAGUUAGAAGGGAAAAUUCCUCCAAGCUUAUCAAAGUUUGAUGCAAGUUCAUUCGAAGGAAAUUCUGGCCUCUGUGGGGAAAAGAUAGGUAAAGAGUGUCCAAAGGAAGUUGAGCAGCCGCCCACCGCACCGAAUGCAACUAGCGCCGUAGGACCGAGCAACGAUCGUGGUUCGGGUAAUGAUCAGCACAAUGGUUCAGCAGACAGCCGAAAAAAGAUCAUUGUCAUCAUAUUUGCGCUAGGAGUGGUGCUUUUGAUUAUUGUCGUUUGCUUGGUAAUCAGAAUGAGGAGACGAGCGAAGGUCCAACAGGACUUCAAUGUGCUCGGGAAGGAAAAUGUUAAUGACCCAAUUCAGAAAGACAUUCUCGGAACAGAGAAAAAGGAAGUGCAAUUGAGUCGCAAAGGAAUGGGCUCGAGCCGUAAGAGUCCUGCCACUGUUGCUGCCAAAGGUUCAGCUACCAGCGACCUGGUUCUGUUAAGCGAUGAGAAGGGCGUCUUUGGGAUGGCAGAUUUGAUGAAAGCGGCGGCCGAAGUGUUGGGGAAUGGAGGACUCGGGUCGUCGUACAAGGCCGUGAUGGCCAACGGGGUCACAGUCGUGGCGAAGAGAAUAAGAGAGACAGCGGACGGGAAGAGUAAGGAUGAGUUUGAUGCAGAGAUGAGGAAGCUAGGCAGGCUAAAACACCCCAACGUUUUGACCCCUUUGGCUUACCAUUACAGGAAGGAUGAGAAGCUAUUGGUUUGUGAAUAUGUUCCCAAAGGAAGUCUGCUUUAUGCGUUACAUGGUGAUCGUGGGCCUUCUCAUGGAGAUCUGAAUUGGCCAGUGCGCCUAAAGAUCAUCAAAGGAGUAGCCAAAGGGAUCGGCUUUCUGCAUGACGAACUCAGUUCUUCCAGCUUGCCCCAUGGUAACCUUAAAUCAAGCAAUAUUCUUCUAAACUCAGAAUAUGAGCCGCUAUUGGCAGACUACGGGUUCAGCUCGUUACUUGGCACGUCCCAUGUCCCGCAAGCACUAUUCGCGUGCAAGGCACCUGAAGUCGCACGGUUCGGUGGAUUAUCGCCUAAAUGCGACGUAUACUGUCUCGGAGUUGUAAUCCUUGAGAUGCUUACUGGAAAAUUCCCUUCACAAUACCUCAGCAAUGGGAAAGGCGGUACCGAUGUCAUUGAAUGGGUGAGAUCGGCGAUUUCUGAUGGACGAGAAGCCGAACUGUUUGAUCCCGAGAUUGCAAACUCAACAAAUUCGUUCCCUGAGAUGGAAAAGCUUCUCCAUAUCGGGGCGGCUUGCACGGAAGCUAAUCCCGAGCAGAGAUUAGACAUGAGAGAGGCCAUUAGGAGAAUUGAGGAGAUGCAGAUGGAGGAAGGUGCAGAGUCCAGGACAAUAGAUGUUUCGCCGCGGUUCCAUGUGUUGAGUUUACAAGAAGGCUACAGUGCAAACUCGGGAUAGAGAAACUGAUCAAAUAGUUUCGAGCGUCGAGAGAUGGCAAUAGGUCUACAAUCGGCGUAUCACGAUUAGAGUCCGUAGACAUUAAGUGGUAAUGCAUGGCAAAUUCAAAGAGAAGCGUGUUACUGACAUCUAUAGGAUUAUCUGGUGCGCCAAUAUGUGUAUAUUUCGUGCAACAGAGAAGGUGCAAGAAAUUUUCAGCACUUAUCAAGCCAAUGUAGUUAGAUCAAUUAAAUGGCGACUCCUGCACUUGCUCAAACUGUAAGUUUUCUGUACAUGCUUUUCUCUUCAGCCUGCUUUCCCAUUAUUAAAUGUCACCUUGAAUGGGAUGAACUAGUUGUACUUUUUCCUUUCCUUCUACGCUUUCGAAUCUG